AUGUUUGAUAAUAAAUUUAAGCUAAAAUGUGUUACGUUUUAUUUAACUAAAUAAUUUUUUAGAUUGAACUUAUAAUUGAAUAUUUUUCUAGUGUUUUUGAACACUGUAAACUUAUUUGUAUUUUUAUAAGAAAUAUUAUAAACGUUUAUUUUUCAAAAUUAAAGAAAUCUUUAGAAAUUAUACAAGACGUUAAAGAAGUUAUUUAAAAUGGUAAAAGCUAUAUCAAGUAGAUUUCAAGAUAUUUAUAAGAAGUAUACAACAUCUGAAAUAGCUAAUACAUCAUCAAAUAACCAACAAGAAAUCUAUAUAGCUCCUGUUAAUACUAUAAAUGUGGCAUUGCCUAGACAACAUAGAUCAAAGUCAAAAAGAGUUUUUAUAUUUGAUACAAAACAACUUUGUCAAGCUAAAGAAGUAAGAUGGCCAAUCUUAAGGGAAAAGAAAAUUAGACCUUUUGUUGGACAAUGCUGUUCAGUUUGCAUACCAUAUACAGCAACAGGUCAUUUAAAAGUUGAAUCAAAUCUGAAAAAUUUAUUAGAUAUUUACAGUGUUGGAUGUUUUCAAAAAUCGUACCUUGGACCUCAAUAUGAUGUUUUUAAAUUUUUUUAUUCUCUUAAAGCUCAGGAAUAUAAAUACAUUUUUGAUGAAGUGUUAAAUGAUGAAUCAGUAAGAAAAACUAUUGAAGAACUAUCAAGAAAAAAAUGUUCUAGUAUACUUUAUGAUAAUAGUGCAUUAAAUAAAGAAAUAAAAUUGUUAAAAGAAAAAUCAAAAAAUAUUUUAGAAGUAAUGAGUUCGAAGAUUAAAAAUUGGGUUUAUAAAGUUAUGGCAUGGUUUGUAUUUUGCUCACUCUCUAGAUUGACAAAAAGUCUUGUUGUUCAACCCAGUCAAAUUGAAAAAGUAAAAGAAGCAGAACAAAGUGGCUUGCCUAUAAUUUAUUUACCAUUGCAUAAAAGUCAUAUGGAUUACAUACUUUUAGGUUUGGUUUUGACCAUGUAUAAUAUUAAGCCACCUUUAGUUGCUGCCGGUGAUAAUUUGAGAGUGUUUUUUUUUAGUAAGUUAUUGAGUUGUUUGGGAGCAUUUUAUAUAAAGCGAAAAUUACCGACUAAAGAUAAUACAAAAGAUUUGCUAUAUUGGUCUAUUUUAACUAGUUAUAUUAAAAACAGUUUAAGAAGUGAACAUCACCUAGAGUUUUUUUUAGAAGGUGCUAGAACUCGAAGUGGCAAAUGUUGUGUACCAAAAGGAGGUCUAUUAAGUAUAAUCGUUGAUGCUUAUCGACAAGGAGUUAUUGAAGAUGCAUGGAUAAUACCUGUUUCAAUAAAUUAUGACCGGUUAUUUGAGGGUGAUUUUGUAAGGGAACAGUUGGGACAACCUAAAGUGAAAGAAACAUUUUAUUCAGCUGUAUCAACAUUUCUUGGUGCUUUAUGUUCACAGUAUGGAAUUAUGAGGGUUGACUUUAAUAUUCCAUAUAGAUUAAGGGAUUUAUAUGAAUCAACUGAUAAAAGGAUAGUAUUUGAAAAUAUUACAGAUGUUGAAAAUGAUAUAAGUAUGUUUGAAAGUUCUAGAUAUAAAUAUGUAGUAGAUGAAAUGGCAAAACAUAUCAUUAUUGAUUGUUGGAAAACUACUGCUAUUAUGUCAACAAAUGCGGUAAGUUUUUUGUUAUUAAAAAAGUAUAGAAAUGGUACAACAAUUAGUCAACUCUCUAAAGAACUGACAAAUUUGCGUCAUAAACUUGCUCAAUCAAAUAGAGAUAUUGGAUUUAGUGGUAGUUCAAGAGAUGUAAUUCUGUAUACAAUAAAUCUUUUGGCUCCGAAGUUAUUAGUUUGUGAAAAUAUCAAAUCUGAAAUAUUUAUUAAGCCUGUAAACAGUGUUAAUAGCCUUAUAGAGUUAUCAUACUAUGCAAAUAAUUUAUUAUCACAUUAUCUUCAUCAAUCACUUGUUGCCAUUGUCCUAAGUUAUCUAGUAGGAUCAGAAUUUUGGAAUUUAACAGUCUCAGAAGUUUUAGUAUCAAGACAAAUACUUAUAGAUUGGCUUUUGUGGUUUAUUGACUUACUAAAAUAUGAUUUUGUAUUCAUUAAGCCAUGUGAAAAUAUUGAUAAUUUAGUUGAUUCAGUAAUGCGAAUUUUUGAAGAAGAAGAAAUUAUUAUAACAUUAGAGCUUCUAGAUGAGGAAAGGAGAGGUCGAAAUAUGGCCAAAUUUUUUGAGAGUGAUUCUGAAGAUGAUUUUGAUCAACCAACAGUUGAUUUUAAGUACCAUAUUAAAGCUGAUAGUAACAGUGUAGAAAAAUUAAAGUUCCUUAGAUCUAUUUUAAUGCCAUUUUUGGAAUGCAUGGCCGAAUGUGCUUAUAGUCUUCAAAAUUUAUCAAAUGAUACAGCGAAAGAACAUGAAUUAAUACAAACUAUUCUCAUUCAAAUGCAAGAGAAUCUUGCAGGAGGAUUUUUAGUUUAUGGUGAAAGUAUAUCAGUUGAAACUAUUAAACAUUCAUUUUUAUCAUUUAAAGAAUUUAAUUGCUUAAGAGUAAAAAUUGUUGAUAAUAUUAGGAUAAUAAGUAUGAUCAAUGAUACUCGUGAUGAUCUCAGACCAAACAUGGAAAAAAUUUUAGAUUGUUUAGAAUUGUUUGUAAAGCACAUAGAUUAAAUACUUAGUAUACAUUUUAAUAAACAUAUGUAUGUUUAUAUUAAUUUUGUUUAUAUAAUAUGUUAAUUAUUCAUUCUGACAGAGUAUUAAUUAUUUUAUUUAUAUUUGUUUAUUUUAAAUUUUCAAGUUAUGACUAAUGAGUUAGACCUGUUUAUAUUACUUUCAAUUAUGGCAAUAAAUGAUGAAUUUGAUACUCGAGAAUUUUUUAUUUAAUUAAAAUUUUAUAUUAUGUAUAGAGCUUUCAACUACAAAAAAAAGUAAUUUGAUAGAUAAGUUGAAAGUACUAACUGAAGUCUACUUCAUAUAGUUAAGAGAUUAUAUUAAAUUAAACUUUCUAUUAAGGUGAUUCUUUUUUGUGAGAUAUUGAUAGAUUCUUUAUUUGGUCAUUAAACAUACAUAAAUAUUUUAUUCUGGUUAUAUGGUGUGUAACUUUUUUAUGAGUUGUCAUGACAAUUUAAAUUAGUUUGAUAAUCAAAAUUUAUUUAUAGAUAUUAUUAUUUAUAUUACUCGAAUUAUGAGUUAUCAAGAUCACAAGUAUCAGCGCCAGAGCAUAAAAAUUAAAUCUAAAGUGGUCAUAGAUGAAAAGCUCAGUCAAUGAUGCUAUAGUUUUGAGGGUUAAAGAAGUUCAAGAAGUCUUGUUCAAGCAAGGAAGUUUAAAUAUUUCAAAUAGCAAUAUUAAGAUAAUCGAACGUAAAAAUCAUUGAAAAUACACACCUGUGAAAAAAAUACAAUCGGCAUAUCAAACAUAAGUAAAAGAAAAAAUUUAAUUUUUGUAUAUCGUAAUUAAAAAAAAAAAGCUAUACAAUUGUUUCAAUAUACUCAACGCCAUUAAUGUAU